CUCUCCCACAAUCCGUUGCGCUCUUCCUUUUCAACCUGGUCCCGGUGCUAUGGCUCCCGCCAAGAAGGGUGGCGAGAAGAAGAAGGGUCGUUCUGCCAUCAACGAAGUGGUGACCAGGGAGUACACCAUCAACAUUCACAAACGCAUCCAUGGCGUGGGUUUCAAGAAGCGUGCCCCUCGGGCACUCAAGGAGAUCCGGAAAUUUGCCAUGAAGGAGAUGGGAACCCCAGAUGUGCGCAUUGACACCAGGCUCAACAAAGCUGUCUGGGCCAAAGGCAUAAGGAACGUCCCAUACCGAAUCCGUGUACGGUUGUCCAGAAAACGUAACGAGGAUGAAGACUCACCAAACAAGCUCUAUACGUUGGUUACAUAUGUACCUGUCACCACUUUCAAAAACCUACAGACAGUCAAUGUGGAUGAAAACUAAGCUGAUUAUCAAAUAAAGUUAUAAAACUGC